AUGGAGAAGGAGGACCAGCGUCUCGCUGGCAGUAGUAGCAAACGGCGCAGGACCAACAUGCCCUCGGACGAUGCAGCGCCCUUUCCCUACGCGGAAGAGGGACUUCUCAAUGAGGCGGCCACCAGGCGGGCGCCGGUGCAGUGGCGAUGCGUGGAACCGGCCCAGGACCACCUCCCCGCCCGCCGCCACGGGCACACCCUCACACUCGUGGGGAGGCGCCUGUUCAUGCUGGGCGGGAAGGUGCCCUAUCGACCGGGCGCUCUCGACGUGCAGAUCUUCGACCUCGAUACCCGCGUGUGGAGCUCCCACACGGCGGACCAUGAAGCAGUCGCGGGGGGCGACGCGCCCACGCACCGGUGGGGCCACUCGGCGUGUCUGAUGGGCAGCAGCGACCUCGUGAUCUUCGGCGGAUUCGACCACGAAUGCAACAUGGCGAGCUGGAAGAUGAUCAUCUUUGGUGGUGCCUGCUGCGUCGGAGGCCCCUACCGCUACUACCAGGACGUGGUGAUGCUCGACUGGGACGAGAUGAAGUGGACCACCUGCAAGUGCGUCGGCGACAAACCCUCCGGCCGAUCCCAGCACUCCGCCAGGUACGACAGCACGCACGUGUUCGGGGACGUGCACCUGCUGCGCCUGGUCGGGCGGCCCCUCGCAUGGCAACGGGUGCAGCUCACCGGCCUCGGACCCGAAUCCCUCGCACAGCUCGCCCCUCGCGACUUCCGGAUCUUCUCGGCCCGCCGUCCACUGAUCAGCGUGGGCUCCUAUUCGGUGGUGCUCGGCGGCUUCAACGAGCGCGUGCGCGCCCUCUAUUCCGAGAGCACGAGCGAAGACGACAAAGACUACGACGAUCGGGAGUACAAAGUGCACAUCCUGGACAUGCGCCUCAGACGGUGGGUGCGGGUUCUCGGGGUGGGUCUGGGGCCGUGCGAGCUGAUGCAGGGCGGGGCGGCCAACGGGUGGGAGGCGAUGAUCUUCGGUGGAACGGAGGGUGUGAGCUCCGAAGAGAAUGCCCUGUGCGCCCUCGAUCUCUCCCCCUUCUUCCUCCCCACCCUCUCGCGCCGAGCCCCGCCCUCGCCCCUUUCUGCCCUUUCCGCCGACCUGCGAGGGCUGCUGGAGCAGGAGACCUACAAGGACGUGUCCUUUGUGCUGGAGGAGGACAAGGUAAUCCGCGCCCACAGGUGCAUCCUCGCCGCCCGCUGCCCCGUUUUGCGGGCCAUGCUUGAGUCGGGAAUGGCCGAGAGCGGCGCGGAAGUAAUUCCCAUCAGGGAUUUGCCCUAUGCCGGCUUCUACGCCCUCCUCCAGUUCAUCUACACCGGCACGGCCGAUAUAACCGCGCACGUGGCGCAAGACGUGUUUGUGGUGGCCCACCAGUACGGGAUGGAGGACCUCAAGGACCAAUGCGAGCACGAGCUCGUGAGCCAGCUCCUCAGCGGCGCUCCGCUGGAGGUUGAAACCGGCGGUGGCGAGGAGGCGGGUCGGGGCAAGGAGGCCGCCACCGACGACUUGGUAGCGACCUCGCCGGAUGAGACUUCCGCGGGCAGUCCCUCCCUGGCCGCCCUUCUGAUCUUCCUGCGGCUGGCCGACCUCCACUCCGCCCGCAAGCUCGCCGCCAUUUGCCUCGGUACCAGACUCGGGCGACUGACGGACUGCUGGACCCCACCAGAUCUGUUGGCCGCUAACCACUUGCACUACGCGCCCGGCCUCGCGGACAACCACUUGCUCGCCGAGGCUGGCGGACCCCUCUCCCCAGACCUGCGCCUUGCCCUCGAACGCACCAUCGCCCACCUCCAGCAGCAGAGGGCCUGA